AAACCAAUCCAAACACUGCCUUCACAUAACAAAAUCCAUGUCCCAUGAGGACACACAAGUAAUUUACCCCACUUGGAUUUCUUGAACCAAAAAACAUAAACCAUCUUCAUCGUCCUCAGAAACCUGUUCCUGCGAAACCCUUAAAAACACAACCAAAUCUUAAUAAAUCAUCCUAAGAUGAAGUCAGGUGAAACAAAGUUUUUCCAAGAAUUGGUCUUGUAUGCAGCUAGCGCAGCUUUUAGUUGCCUCGUUUUGUUUGUGGGUAUCCGUCAGCUUGACCCGAACCGAGAGGCCUCCAAGAAAGCCCUUGAGACAAAAAAAGAGAUUGCUAAGCGCCUUGGUAGGCCCCUCAUUCAGACCAAUUCCUAUGAGGAUGUUAUAGCCUGUGAUGUUAUUAAUCCUGAUAACAUUGAAGUUGAAUUUGAUUCAAUUGGAGGGCUGGAAACUAUUAAGCAAUCUCUGUAUGAACUGGUCAUUCUCCCACUUCUUAGGCCGGAGCUUUUCUCGCAUGGUAAACUCCUUGGUCCACAGAAAGGUGUGUUGUUAUAUGGACCUCCAGGCACAGGAAAGACUAUGCUCGCAAAAGCUAUUGCAAAAGAGUCUGGGGCAGUUUUCAUUAACGUAAGAAUAGCAAAUCUAAUGAGCAAGUGGUUUGGUGAUGCACAAAAACUUGUGGCUGCUGUAUUUAGUUUGGCCCAUAAGCUUCAGCCUGCUAUUAUAUUUAUUGAUGAGGUCGACAGCUUUUUGGGCCAGCGCCGUUCCAGUGACCAUGAGGCAUUAACAAACAUGAAGACUGAGUUCAUGGCUUUAUGGGAUGGCUUCACUACUGAUCAAAAUGCAAGGGUGAUGGUUCUUGCUGCCACUAAUCGUCCAUCAGAGCUUGAUGAAGCAAUACUUCGACGUCUUCCUCAGGCUUUUGAAAUUGGAAUUCCUGACCGCAGGGGAAGAGUUGAGAUCUUGAAGGUUAUCUUGAAGGGAGAGAGAGUGGAGAAUUCAAUUGACUAUGAUCACAUAGCUGGUUUAUGUGAUGGGUAUACUGGCUCAGAUCUUCUUGAGCUCUGCAAGCAGGCUGCCUAUUUUCCAAUCAGGGACCUCCUUAAUGCUGAAAAGAGUGGAAACGGAUCUUCGGAACCCAGGCCAUUAUCACAAUUAGAUCUGGAGAAAGUUCUUGCUACGACAAGAAAAACCAGGGCUGCUGCUAGUGAAUACACCAGGGUAAGCUCACAGUCAACAGGAUGGUCAGGCAAUAAUAGGGAGCCAGACGAUUAUCAGUGAAGAUCGACAUUUUACAAAGAUCCUGGAAAGAGUUUUACUUGAGCGCUUGUGCCUGAAAGUAUUUCAGUUUUCUGUAAAUACGUCUGCAUGAAGCGUAUUCUCUUAUACUGUUCCAGUAUAGUUCGGGUCUGGAUUUUUAAUAUAUGGUAGUUGAGAGUUAAUGGAGGCAUCCAUGGUUCUCUUCUUUUACAAUCCACCUUCAGUCAUAAUUCCACUACUUAUGACAUUUGUUAACAGCUUGCUUAAUUAUUCAAUUGAUUGUCCAUUGUCAGUUUGAUGAA